UGCACCGUUUCUCUUUUAAGUUUUCUCUCCUCUUCUCUUCCAGAAAAACGGAUCAGAAAAUUGUCUCGGCAUUGAAUCUUUGUUUCCCGGAAAGUUAAAAAGAAAAAAAAAACAGGAUUUGUUUCCUUUAAAAUAUGUUAAGAAAUGAAUGGAAAUGAAACAGAAGGAGUGAAAAUGGAGGAAUGUAAAGAAAUGGCGGUUUAUAUGUGGGGAUAUUUGCCGGGAGCUUCGCCGGAGAAAUCUCCGAUGCUGUCUCCUGUUCCCGUCCGGUUACCGACUUCGGCUUCGUCGUGGAAGGACGUUUGUGGUGGUGGUUGUGGGUUUGCUAUGGCCAUUUCAGAUUGCGGAAAGCUGAUAACUUGGGGUUCAGCAGAUGAUGAAGGGCAAAGCUACCUGACAUCAGGGAAGCAUGGGGAAACGCCUGAGCCAUUCGCUCUUCCAACUGAAGCUUCAAUAGUGAAGGCAGGUGCUGGUUGGGCUCAUUGUGUUUCUGUAACAGAAAACAAGUACACAAGUUAUGUUUACUGGUUGAGAGAUGAAGAUUCUGAAAGUUAUUUGGGAAAUGCUGAUGACCAUUUGUUCUUGCAUCACCACGAUAUAGAUAAAGGUGAAGGGUACACAUGGGGCUGGAAGGAGUGUGUCCCCUCUGGGAAAAUCACCCAUGAUUGGGUUACUGGAGGGAGCUUUGAAAAGGAUAUUGUUGGGAAACAGACUACUGUACAAACUGAACAAGUGAGUCCAAAGUCGCGUGGAUCAAAUGUAAGUGGUGGAACAGUUUCUCAAACAGAGAAUCGAAAGGCUGGGGAGGAAACAGCAAAGCGAAGAAGAAUAUCUGCAGCAAAAGAAGAACAUGAAAGCUUAACUUCUGGAGAUGAAUUUUUCACGGUGUCUCCCUGUCUCGUGACUCUGGGUCCAGGAGUAAAGAUCACAAGUGUUGCUGCAGGCGGGCGCCAUACUUUAGCACUGUCAGAUAUGGGACAGGUCUGGGGUUGGGGCUAUGGAGGUGAAGGACAGCUAGGCCUAGGUUCCCGAAUAAAAAUGGUGUCUUCUCCGCACCUCAUACCAUGCAUUGAACAAACUACUUCUGGAAAAGAUAGGUCUCUAGCAGUUCAUCAAGGAAGCUUGAGUUCACAAAUGCAACUUUCUAAAGCGUAUGGAAGCUAUGUGAAGGAAAUCACUUGUGGAGGUCGGCAUAGUGCAGUAAUAACAGAUGCUGGAGCUUUACUUACCUUCGGUUGGGGACUUUACGGGCAGUGUGGCCAAGGAAGUACAAGUGAUCUUUUGAAACCAACUUGCGUUUCUUCUUUUUCGGGUAUACAAGUCCUAGGAGUUGCUGCUGGCCUGUGGCAUACCGUUUGCAUAGCUGUUGAUGGCCAAGUAUAUGCCUUUGGUGGUAAUCAGUUUGGACAGCUGGGUACUGGUGCUGAGCAGGCUGAGACAUCACCAAGGCAAUUGGAUGCCGCAAGUUUGGAGGGCAAGCAUGCAAAGAUGGUAUCAUGUGGGGCUCGCCACAGUGCUAUACUUACAGAUGAUGGCCGAGUACUAAGCUGGGGUUGGAAUAAGUACGGCCAGCUUGGUCUGGGUGAUACAAUCGACCGUAACACUCCUGCUCCGGUUCCCAUAGACGGUUGCCUACCAAAAAAUGUUGCUUGUGGUUGGUGGCACACGCUAUUGCUGGCAGAAACACCAAUUUGGGCCCCAAAUUCUUGAUAAGAUCGAAAGAGGAACAGUUUUGGUAGAGUAGAGAUGCACUGACUGGUCAGGGUUCUUUGAUGUAUUCAUCGCCUUAGUGUACGACUGUACAUAUUGCUGUUUGCACAUCCAUUUAAGCAUGUACUCUUCUUGCAGGGGCUAGUUUGUCUUUUAACAGCAGAUUGCAGUGCCAGCUGAAUUAAUUUGUACACGAACAAUAAAUACUAGUACUGAUACAUUAAAUAAUCAGUAGGCUUGUCAUUCCUUCGCCUGGUAGUA